AUGUGGAUAGUUUCUGUCCCUUUGAGAUCUCUGAGCGCACAAAGUGAGGCUAUCACUCACUCCAAGGUGCUUGGUAGAGUCCAACUCUGGCUGGACAAAAACUAUUUGACGCGGAACUUUCAUCUUCUUAGCCCCCCGUGGCGGGCCUAUCGGGUGAAGAGCCCGAGCGCGAGUUUGGGGGCGCAGCGGGGCCUGGCGGGGGCGGCGAGCGCGCGUCCCCCCGCCCGCUCGGGCGGCGUCGAGGCGCUGGCAGCUCAACCAGCCUUGCAGAGGGAGCUCUCGGCAGCUCUGGGGUCCCUCUGCUCGCAGCCGCAGCAGCGCCGCCUGCGCCACUCGGCGGAGACGGAGACCAGCGGCGGUGACGCGCGGACCGGGAGCGACUGCCGAGCAACCGAGCGGCUGGGGACGCACGCAGGGCAGCCGCGCUCCAGGCUUCCUUCCUCACUUUCUGCAGCCCCUUUCAAAAGGACCACCAGGGCUCUCCACUCCAAGGCCAGAUCCUCGUUGCAUCAUGUGACUCAACUUGUGCCCGAUUCCCACACUAAGAAGGUGCAGAUCUCAAAAGCCACUGAGUUCCAGGAGAGCAAGGCCAUACUUGGGAGUCACCACAGUGAACUAGUGGGGUAUAGAGAAUCUUCCAGGACUGCACAGUUGCCUUACAUCCUUGAACUUUCUUCCUUGUUGCUCAAUACAAGUGUGAUUUCUUGCUUAUUGGCUAUGAGUCUUGCAGGGCUGGGGACCAUUGUGCCUCACUCAAAACUCCAUGUCACAGGAAUUUGCUGGGUGCUCAAUGAAUACCUGUUGGAUUAUGAAUGAUUGGAGGUCUUGGGCACUGGGAAACUAUCUCCCUGUUUGGUAACUUGCCCAGUCCAUGCCAUCUUGGUCAGUUGUUUUAAAUUGCCCAAAGACACAGGCUUUCUCUCACUUGAGCUGUCUGGAUCCUUGCAAUUUCUCUAGUCUUUCUCAUGUUGUUUUUCUCCUGAGUUCCCAGAAUAGCAUUACAUCUUAACAGUUUCACACUAAAACUGAAAAUCUUCCCUGUGAUUCCUCCUUACUUAUUUCCUGGAAUCUGCCUUCCAGCUCCCUUAGCUUAUAAAGCCCAUGACUCAUUUACCCAGCCAGCCAUGUCUUCUCCAUUGGGAUUUCUUGCAGGAAACCUGAGAGCAGUAAGGACAUAGUUUUUCACUCUACCCCCUCUUAGCCCUUGCAUUUCUUAUCUAAAACCCUAGAUUUGCUCUAUCAUGAGAGGCAGUGGAGUUGUUAGUUUUGCCUUGACUUGGGUCGUCCUCAUUAAACUAGAGCCCUGUACCUGCAGGGGCCCAACUCAGAACCUUUGCAGUUUCAAGAUCCCCAAUCCCAAGGACACAAAAUCACCUUAUUUCCUUACUGAGUUUCCACUUAAUGACAAUUUUUGGUGUUCCCUGGAAAUCUAGAAAACUAUAGGAAUAUUUCUAAUGUACUUUCAAGAUGCCAAGCUUCUUAUCCUUCCUAGGCACUCAGAAAUUACUCCCACACACACAAUAAUUUCUAGUUUAAUUUUCUUUCUAAACCUUUCCUUUCCUUCCCUCCCUCCC